UACAGGGCUCCUGGGGAGCAGCCGGGCAGCUGGGCAUGCUCAGUAGCGGGGGAGAUUUGGGUGGAGAGUAGCAAGCUUUGGCUCUGCCCCACCUCCCGCGCUAGCCCCCGCCCCCUCACCCCUACCCAGCCGUAGUAGUUCCCCAGCUCGCCGGAGACCGGGAACAUGGCGCUCGGAGCGAUGUAGCGCGAGGAGAAGGGAUGAGGCUCCGCCGCCUCACGGGCAGCCGGCAACCAGGUAGAAGGAAACACACUGUGGUGAAUUCUGCCUCUUGCCAAAAUGAACACUGAGGAAAAAUGAAGAAAACUGAAGAGCUCCAAUGAAAAAAUACAGAACAGAAACAGCCACCCUCCUCUGGAGUCUUUAAUUUAUUCACAACGAUUGUAAAAAAAAGGAAUUUUCAUCAUGUUUGGGAAGAAGAAGAAAAAGAUUGAAAUAUCUGGCCCAUCCAACUUUGAACACAGGGUUCAUACUGGCUUUGAUCCACAAGAGCAGAAAUUCACAGGCCUUCCACAGCAAUGGCACAGUCUGUUAGCAGAUACGGCCAACAGGCCAAAGCCCAUGGUGGACCCUUCAUGCAUCACACCCAUACAGCUGGCUCCCAUGAAGACAAUCGUGCGAGGGCACAAGCCCUGCCAGGAGAGCUCCAUCAACGGGCUGCUGGAGGACCUGGACAGCAUCUCGGUGACACGCUCCAACUCUCUGCGCCAGGAGAGCCCUCCGACACCGGGGCCGGGGCCGGGCCGCGCCGCCGAGAAUGGCUUCCCCAGCUGCUCGCGCUACUCCAGCGAGUCGGACCCCGCGGACGGCGCGGCGCUCUACGCCGAUGAGCUGGACGCCUUCCCCCGCGGCAGCCCCGCCGCCCGGCAGAACGGGCACGUGCCGGGGUCGCCGGGCUGCAGAGGCGGUGGACCUGCGCUGGGAGCCGCCGCGGGCCGUCAGCAGCUCGCCCCUGGACUACGCCUUCGCCUUCCCGCCGCCCCGCACCUCCAAGGAGAGCCUGGCCUACAGCGAGAGCGACUGGGCGCCCGGCCUGGACGACUACGAGCGGAGGCCCCGCUCCUCCUACCUGACCCAGACCAGCCCGCAGCCGGCCAUGCGGCAGAGGUCCAAGUCCGGCUCCGGGCUGCAGGAGCCCCUGAUGCCAUUCGGAGCAAGUGCAUUUAAAUCCCACCCCCAGGGCCACUCCUACAGCUCCUACACCUACCCUCGCCUGUCCGAGCCCACCAUGUGCAUUCCGAAGGUGGACUACGAUCGAGCACAGAUGGUCCUCAGUCCUCCACUGUCUGGGUCCGACACCUACCCCAGGGGCCCCGCCAAACUACCUCAAAGUCAAAGCAAAGCAGGCUAUUGCUCAAGCAGCCACCAGUAUCCUUCUGGGUACCACAAAGCCAGCCUGUACCACCACCCUUCCCUGCAGACCAGUUCACAGUACAUCUCCACCGCCUCCUACCUGAGCUCUCUCAGCAUCUCAUCCAGCACCUACCCGCCACCCAGCUGGGGCUCCUCCUCAGACCAGCAGCCCUCCAGGGUUUCCCAUGAACAGUUCCGGGCUGCCCUACAGCUGGUGGUCAGCCCAGGAGACCCGAGGGAAUACUUGGAUAACUUCAUCAAAAUCGGGGAAGGGUCAACAGGCAUUGUGUGCAUUGCAACUGAAAAACACACAGGGAAACAGGUGGCAGUGAAGAAAAUGGACCUCCGGAAGCAGCAGAGACGAGAACUGCUUUUCAAUGAGGUUGUGAUCAUGCGGGAUUACCACCACGACAAUGUGGUCGACAUGUACAACAGCUACCUUGUUGGUGAUGAGCUCUGGGUGGUCAUGGAGUUUCUAGAAGGUGGUGCCUUGACAGACAUCGUGACUCAUACCAGAAUGAAUGAAGAGCAGAUAGCCACUGUCUGUCUGUCAGUUCUGAGAGCCCUUUCCUAUCUUCACAACCAAGGAGUGAUUCACAGGGACAUCAAGAGUGACUCCAUCCUCCUGACUAGUGACGGCCGGAUAAAGUUAUCUGACUUUGGUUUCUGUGCUCAAGUUUCCAAAGAGGUGCCAAAGAGGAAAUCGCUGGUGGGCACCCCCUACUGGAUGGCACCCGAGGUGAUUUCUAGGCUGCCUUAUGGGACAGAGGUGGACAUCUGGUCCCUUGGGAUCAUGGUGAUAGAGAUGAUUGAUGGUGAGCCCCCCUACUUCAAUGAACCUCCCCUCCAGGCGAUGAGGAGGAUCCGGGACAGUUUACCUCCAAGAGUGAAGGACCUACAUAAGGUUUCUUCAGUGCUCCGGGGAUUCCUUGACUUGAUGUUGGUACGGGAGCCCUCUCAAAGAGCCACCGCCCAGGAACUGCUUGGACAUCCAUUCUUAAAAUUAGCAGGUCCGCCAUCUUGCAUCGUCCCCCUCAUGAGACAAUAUAGACAUCACUGAACAGAGGAUUCACAUAAAUGACAGAACUAGAAUAAGACAUGAAAACAAUUCAGGAGAAUAUGAGGAAAACCAUAGAACAUGCAAAAGGCCUGUGCAUUCUAGACCAGCUGAUUGGUGGGACAUUGUGAUGACCGGCAGGGUUCGACAGACCAGGGCAUCUUCUUGUGUCUUAAAUAGGCAUCUCUCCACUGACAGCUGGCAUGGUCAUUUGGAGCAUGGCUUUAAUAAGUCAUUAUUAUAUUUUUCAGCCCUUCAUCCAGCAAAUCAGAAGGACUCAGUACAAACUCCGUUAUGAUAUAUCCUAGCCACAUGCAGGGUACCGCAUAGGAUUUUCUAUAUUGAAAGAAUACUUUUCUGGCAAAAAAUAAAAUAAAAUAAAAUAAAAUAAAGAAAGGAAAACAAAAAGCACUUUUUCUUAAUGGUAGCAGUGUAAUGUAUUUUGCAAUGAAUUUGUAACUUUUCUGUACGAUAGUUUUGAUAAUUUAUAGUACUUUGAUGUCACGUAGCCAUUGUAUCGGUUGAAGUAAUACUUGUUUACUAGCGGGAGUUUGAACAAAGCCUUUCCUACUUUUUUAUCCCUUUCAGAAAACCAACGAUUCUUUAGGAACUUUGAAUAUUGAAUGACUCUCAAUCACCGUCAGCUUUAGUAGAAUAUCUUUCUUAUCUUAACAAGUGUCUUAUGUGAUGAAAGAAGAAAUAAGAGUGAUGGUGAUGGUGUGCACAUUUCAUUUAUCCAACCAAAAGCAAUGAAACAAAAUUUGAGCCACAGAAUACUACCAAACUAUUUCUGGGGAUAAAGCUAAAUAUUUUGAAAAAUCGUAUUUUCCGCCAAGGCUUCUAAAAGGAAAUCACUUUUCGCACACCAAGAUGUUACCCUUUGUGCCCACCCUAGAAUGGGCAUGACAUCCCCUUGUGGCCAAAUUUCCCUUCGAGGGAACAAUUUUCAGUGCUAGGAUCAUUGGACUCAGUUCCCCAAAUUGAAUGUUUCAGUGAGACCUUGGGAAUUCCAGGCUCCCCACAGGAGAGAAGAGUGAACAAGGCAAGAUGUUUGGUCCUGUUCGUCACUGUUUUUAAAACUGUAUGCUAGCACACCAAACUCUUGUCUGUAUUUACCUUCAUACCACAGUAUUAAUCGCUAUUGUUCAUGUAUCGUGCUGGAAGUCUGAAUUGAUAUCAGCUAGAGGGUGAAUUAGCAAGGGGUAUUUUCCCCAGGUAUGACCUGACUUCAGUUGUGAUCAUGUUAUAAUGUGUUUCCGACAUAGGAGAGUUGUGCUGCUGUCUAGAUCUUCUUGAAUGUUGAUAAAAAUGAAUGACUACUACAAUACAUUUUGUGUUGCUUGUUGGAUGAAUUUGCAUGUUAACUGUAGGCCAAUAUAGAUUUGCCUUUAAAACUCUGGAGGAUCUACAUAGUCAUCAUUAGUUUUUAUUAAUUAUGCAUCAAACAAAAGCCAUUUGUUACCAAACUGGCCAGAGGCUUUUCUUAACAACUUUACAUACUAUAACAAGUAUGAAUUUAAAUCUGUGAAAAUUCUCUGGUUGCUCUAAGCAUAAUUAAGAACUUUUGUAAUUAAUAAGUUGCUAAUUAUUUAUUAUAGUUAAGAGGAUGAAAGGCAUAAAAUGACCUUCGACUCAUUAGAUUUUCAGUUUUCCCCAAAACUGAAAAUGCCUCACCAGAAAUAAGAUCUAUAAAUUUGUUUCAUAAAACAUAGCAAAUCAGUGUUUUAUGUAAAGUAUUAAAGCAUUAAUAUAAACGUGAGAAUAAAAGCAAUCUAAAUCCAAAAAAUUACAGUCCUAAAAGUUCAUGAAGCAGAUUGUCUUAAUUUAACAGGACUAUGUAGAAAUAGAAAGAAAAGGAAAAGAAAAUCCUUUUUUUAACCAUGACAAACAUUAAAAUCAUUGCAGAAAAUGGUGGAUUUGAGGAUUCAAACAUUUUUGACAAUGUAUUGGAAAUUUUUUCUGUAAUUUUCUUAUCAUUGGAUAUUUUUUAAAGUAUCUUCAUGGAGUUUACCAAAAGUUAACUCUAGAUUAAAAGAAUCUGUGAGCACUAACUAUUGGCAGAAACUGCACUUGCGAAUAAAAAUAAAUGUUUGCCUUU